UCACACAGCAGCAGGUGAGUCAGCCUCCUGGGUUGAUUGACUUUACUUCGACCAAGGUGGAUAGGUGUAACCAGGGGUGACACAGAGAGCAGCCUUGUGUGCUUACAGACACUGAUUCAUCAGAGAAGAAGCCUUAAACAUCAUGAAGGUGCAGUGCAUUCUACCUAUGACAAUAGUCGUGACUGUCGCGAUGAUUGGUAUCGUGAAAAUCCGGGAAAAGGAGCACCUGAAGGAGACCAAACGGAGCAAGUUUCAGGACAUCAAGCUGCGGGUGACCUACGAUGUGCUGCAGGAGUACAACAAGGAGAAGGCAGAGACGCAGGACUUGCUGGUGAAGACCCAGAUUGAGGAGAAAACCAUGGGAGAGGAAGUGAACAAGCUGCAGAACAGAGCAGAGGAGGCGCGGGGAGACGCUGACAUCUGCAAGAGCAGCCAGAAAUCUCAAAAAGAUGAGCUGGCAUUAGCAGAGACAGAAUUAAAAAAUCUCCAAGAUGAACUCGAUAAGGAGAAGGCCAGCUGGGAAAAAGAAUCAGAAACACUGAAACAGCAGCUAGCAGCACGGAGCGCAGUGUGUGGCUUCUUGAAAACAAAAUCGGACGCAGUAAGCAAGCUGUGUGGCGAUGACGUGAUUGUGGCGGACGCUAAACAAGAAGAGGCAAAGCCAGAGGCCCCUAAACAAGAAGAAGCAAAACCAGAGGCCCCUAAAAAAGAGGAAGCAAAGCCAGAGGCCCCUAAAAAAGAGGAAGCAAAGCCAGAGGCCCCUAAACAAGAGGAAGCAAAGCCAGAGGCCCCUAAACAAGAAGCCCCUAAAGCAGAGGCUCCUAAGAAGAGAUGAUCCGUGUUCUUUUUUGAUACUUUGCAACCAGAUUGCAGGACUUUGCUUUACUGGGCCGAUGUGACAUGUCUUAGAGGAACAUGUAGGAGCCUCAAGUAGCUCUACUAUAGGUCCCAUAUCGGGAUCUUAAAGAAUAUUCCAUCUGUUAUUUGUUUUCAUGCAACAAUAUGAAGAAUGAAGUUACAGUUUGAUGUGGGCGUGUGUUUUUGUAAUCUGUGUAUGUUGGUGCAAAAUGCUUUUGUAAUAAACAGAUUGUGUCAUAUUUUGUGCUG